AUGUCGAGUAGAGGAGGGUAUGCGGCGGCGCCUCAGCCUCAGCCGCCGCCGCCCAGGCAGAGCGGUGAUAGGUUUUACAACCCGCCGGCUGUCCGCCGCCACCACCCCCAGUUGAUUUUGCAGCAGCAGCAGCAGCAGCAGCAAAUGUUGCAGAGGCAGCUGCUCCAGCAGCAACAGCAGCACCUGCUGCAGAGGAGGGUUGCGCUGGCGCCGGCGAGGGAGACUUCAUCUGAGGCGGAGGCAGGGGUGGAAGCGCGGAGCGACGCUGAUGCUUCGUCGACGGCGGCGGCAUUGUCCGUACCGCCUUCCAUUGGCCGUGGUCCGACUUUGGAUGUUACGAAUUUGGAUCGUUUGAUGGAAUCUGUUACUCCGUUCGUCGAGGCGCGGUGCUCGUUGGAGGUGAAUGCAAGGGGGCGAAGAGCGCGUGAAGUGGAUUCACUUCCUUUCUAUUACUUGGAAGAUCUGUGGGAUUUUUUUAGCGAGUGGAGUUACUAUGGAGCUGGAGUACCAUUAUUGUUGAACGGAAAAGACAGAAUUGAGCAGUAUUAUGUUCCUUUCUUAUCGGGCAUACAAUUGUAUGUUGACCCAUCAAACCCUUCUUCUCGACUUGGAGGACCCAACAAGGAAAUUACUGCUGGCAGCUGUGACUUGAAAAGAGAUACUCGAGCUAAUUCCAUGCAGGGAUUGAAUAUGCUCUCACUUGGAAAUACAUCUGUAAUAACUUCGGCUGGUCCUGAAGUUGCUCAUGCUCGUGGGCCACCCUCGUUUCAGUUCUUGGAAUAUGAGCCGCCAUAUAACCGCAGACCACUGGCUGAUAAGAUAUCAUCGCUUGUUUUGCAAUAUCCCGAGCUGAGCAAGUGCAAAAGCUGUGAUCUACUGCCAUCUAGUUGGAUAUGUGUAGCUUGGUAUCCAAUUUAUAGGAUUCCCAUUGGCCCAACACUGCAAGAUCUUGAUGCAAACGUUCGUGGCUUUGCUGAUUCGAAUCCGAAGAUCUCGCUGCCAGUAUUUGCUCUCACCUCCUACAAGCUGAAAGGGUCGAUCGUUAGCCCCAGUGGACCCCACGAGUGUGAUCAGGAGAAUUCCCUUCUGCAAGCUGCUGACAAAUGGCUCAACAGUUUGGAAGUCAUGCUGCCCGAUUACCAAUUUUUCCGUGCUCACUAUUCUCACAGGCGAUGA